AUAGAUUAGGCCCCCUGCGAAGUCAAAAUCAUAACAAGCUUGUCCUUUUCUGCCAUCAUGGCGAAUCCACGGAAGUUCAGUGAAAAAAUAGCAUUACACAAUCAAAAACAAGCAGAAGAAACUGCUGCUUUCGAGGCAAUAAUGCGGGAUGUUACGCCUGUUACGAAGGUCCCGUCGAUGCAAAAGCAGCAUCUUCAACUCCAACAAAACAUAAGUACACAGUAUAGAGCCGGGUCCUUACCAAAUGUCAACCAGAUGGUGGCAAAUUCCGGUAUAGAUCUACAGAGUGCAUUUCAACAUUUGGAUGAUUUGAGACAGAUGCCAAACCGGAUGGACAGUAGAUUCCAUGCAGUCAGAGACAAGGGGAGACCACUCGGUCCACACAGACGAGGAUUUCCAAUUGAUAAAGCAAGGACAAAUUGUUCCCCUUAUGGAUCAGCUUACUUGUCACCACCCCCAGACACCAGUUGGAGGAGAUUAUUCAGACACCUAAAUGGUGCAAAUCUUCCACGAACAAAUUCAGAUUCUGCCAUACACACCAGUACAAUGGGGCCUUCAGACUUGGACCAUAUGAGCAGCCCUACCACACCUCCAGCACAUAGAAGAAUUCUAGAAGUGGUUGGAGGAGACCAUGGUGAUCCAAUGAAAAAUUACUGGGAUGCUAAAAAGUUACAGUCCAGACCCAAGUCUUGUGAAGUACCUAACAUUAACAUUUAUCCAACAGAAGAAGAAAAUCAUAUAGGGCAAAUGACUCAUCUUCCAAUCACCAGUAAUACUGGUUCCUUGCCAGAUUUAACUGUAGUCCAUUUCCAGUCACCUCUUACAACACCAAUCGAUGCUGAAGAAGCUUAUGGAUGUUCUCAGGGAAAUCUUUCUCCCACAAGUGCUCACAUGCAGGGUAUGUGCCCUCAGCCUGGUAGUCCUACACAACAGAGCCCCAACCAAAGGCGACGGCCAGGUGGCCAUCCCAGUCCACUUGUGUUGAGUGGUGGACCUCAGUCUCCUCAAAUGAGAAUGCCACACUCUCCUCCAGGCAGUGUUGUGAACCCUGACCCUACACAACUGCCGCUGGAUCCCCGCAUUAGGCAGCAGCAAAUAUUGUACCACCUUCAGCAGCAGCAGAGGCAUGGAGCCUCCCAUCACCCCAACCCCCAAGUAUCUCAGUCACACCCAUCUCCUUCAUCCAAUCAUAUACAGCAGGGGUCUAGGGUGCCACAAGUUUGUGUUACUGCAUGUGACCAAAAUGAGACCGAGCCAUCAUUAUCCCACUAUAGAAACAGUGUUUCUGAUUCCAACUGCCAAUCGCCCACAUCACCACGGUCUCAAACAUCAUAUUCUCCUUCACAGUCACCUGGUCUCACGCCGUCAUGGAACAGUAAUUCACCGUUUGUAGAUAAUUUUCAACUCCAGCAGCAACAACAUCAAACGAAUGCGUUACAGCAUCAGUUUGAACAGUUUAACAUGUCACCUGAUAACCAUUACAAUACAAUAGAAACAUCAUUACAUCAGAAUGGAAUAUCACAGCAGAAUUCUAUCACAAUGUCACAGGCCAUGGGCUUACAUCAGCAGCAACAGCCCUCAUAUUUCCAUCCUCAGCAAAUAGACUUAAUUAAUCUUAACUCCUCACGGAGAGGAAUCAACAAUUCUGCUCAACAUAUGACUAACCAUCAUAAUCAUCAUCAUCAUCAGCAAAAUAAUGACAAAAUACCAGAAAUAAUAUUUACAGACCACAGAACUGGCAAUGAAGAAGUCAGUUUAGAUGAUAUUUCCACCAAUGCAAUGUUUGAUGGUGGAUUUAUAAUCGGGGAACAAGGCAUUUGGGUACAGUCACAAAAACAAGGUGCUGAUGAUUUUUAUUCUAAACAGCAAGAUUUUGCUAAAGAAUUAGGAAAUGCUAUAACUGGAAUGCCUGAUGGAUUUGAUACGGACCUUUUUCCUUCUGUGGAAGCUUUAAAAGCUGGACUUGACCCAUUAGAUUUACAAGAAUUGCAGUUGCUAUCGGAUCCAAAUAAUUUAACUGAUCCAGCUACUGAAGAAUCAUUCAAACUUGAUAGAUUGUAGGAUGCCAUCACUUAUUCUUCCUUGUGUGGUGACCAAGAACAGGAGGAGAAGAACCUUUAUAUUUUGGUGAUCUGAAAGCUUAUGACAUUCCAUCCUUAUUUAAUGUAAACCAACUUCAUUAGGUGACAUUGUCAUUACUGUUUAUACAUUGUAAUAGAGAAUAGGUGACAUUGUCAUUACUGUUUAUACAUUGUAAUAGAGAAAGCAUUUAAUAUGGGCAUUAACUAAGUCAUUAUUUGAUGACCAUGUAGAUCUACCUUUUUGUCUCUGUUGCAUAUCCUAGUUAAUUUGGAUAAUUGACUUUUCAGUGAGAAAUAGAUUGAAUGGUCCAAUCAAGUAUACCAUUGAAAUGAUCCUCAUUCAGGGAAAUAAACAUUUUCAAAUACAGAGAAGAAAGAAAAUGAUACUUAUUUGGUAGCAUUGAAUGAAGUUUGAGAUAUUAUUUUAAAAAAGCCAAGUAGUGAUACACAUUAUCUCUUUUUUAAACAAAAUUUUAAGCACAUGAUCAAGGAUACAGAGCUUCGAAAUUUUAUGUGUUAUUGUGAUAUUUUAAAUUUCAUCUUUGAUCAUGUGUCUAGGUUAUAUUUCUUAACAUUUUGUUUUAGAAAAGGAAUACUUUUGUAACAGUAUAGAAUAGAUAUGUAAAAUGUUCAAUGUAUUGAGCUGAAUCAUGCUUUUGAAUUUUAGAAUGUGACAACAAUAUGCACCUGUAUCUAAUGUAAUAUAAAAGAAAGUUGAUGAAUUGUGAUUAAGUUAGUUUAUAUAUAACCGUGACUGAUGAAGUUGGUUUAUAUUUGACCUUGACCUAUGGAGUUGGUUUAUAUAUUUGACCUUGACCUAUGAAGUUGGUUUAUAUUUGACCUUGACUGAUGAACGUGCUGGAUACUGUGCUGUUUGUUAAGUAUUACUGUUAUGUUUCUCGUUAAUUGUUUGAUCAAAGUUUAUUUGUCAUUUUUGUUUUGCAAUAGAUAGCUAGUGGUUGAGAAAGGGAUUUUAAAAAUCUCUUUCUGUGUAUAAAAAAAAAGUACUGUAAAUCUUAUAUGACAUGUACUUUCUAUAUCUGACGCAGCGUUUUUAUUUAUGUUUCAGUCAAUUGUUUUAAUGAAAUGGCAUGGUGACACUACAUAUUGUUUUGAAUAUUAUCUAAAUAUUAUAAAGCUAGGAUUAUGACAUCACAAUUUCAUGUUCUAUUAUUUGUUAUAAUAUCAUGUAUAUCAAAGUUUUAGUAAGGACUAACAUUGUAUGUAACAAUCCACUUUAGAGAGUUAGGAAGUCUUUUCUAUUUGUUGAAGCAAACUAAUGCUGAUGACUUUAGCUCUAACCAAUUUUGAUGAUGAAAUGUAGCCAAAGCACUGGUGAUAAAGUUACUGAUUGAUGUGUUUGACAAUGUAAAUGCUUUGAAUUCUAAAUACUUAUUACUUUUUAGUGUGACAUGGAUAGACUAAUUGUGGAAUCCAGAUAUUUUGUUCUUUUUCUAGACUUUAUAAACAUUAUUUUGAUAUUUUGGGACAAUGUAUACUUGCUUCAACUCCAAAUAACUAAAAAGUAGUGUUGAAUAGUUUAAUUGCUGCAUAAAUAAUUGUAUUUCAUCAUCUAUAAUAUGUUAUAUCUUUACAAAAUGGAAGACAGGGGAGUUAAUUGGCCAAAACAACAUGUUACUUUCACUUUCUAAAGGUUUAAAACAGAAAUUUCAUUGACCUUGAAACAUUUAGAUUAAACAUUAAGAUCUAAGAAUACAAUUCACAAACAACUAAAAGUAAAAGUGUUGAAUACACAAGAAUAAUGCAUUUCUAAGAAAUCCUGAAAGUUUUACUAUUAAAAUUUGUUAUUUACCCCUGAAAGUUUAAAUUAGAGGCUUUAUAGAAAAUGCUCAGCUUUAUUUAUUUCACAAAGGUCAGAUUCCAAAGUAAUGUAAUAUCGGAUAUCAAUGAGGUUUAAAGAAAUGUUUAUUUAAGCAUUGAUCUAAAUGGCAGCAUUUAUCUAUAAAUUUUGAAUUAGUAAUCAUAAAUAUUUAUUCGAUAUACAAGUUGAUAAAUUGAUAGCUGACAAUUCUAUAAUAUAAAUAUCAGUAUAUAAAUCUGCUGGAAUUACCCUGUGUGAGUGUGAAUGACAUACCCAGUAAAGCAUACAAGUGCUAUAUGUGUGAACAUUGUUCAUUUAUACCAGGAAUCAUAACACAACAUUUUUGUUAGGAUCUUUUGAAUGAAUUGUAUAUGAUUUCUGAAGAAUUUGUUUUUGAUACCAAAC